UCACGUCAAAAAGACCAACGAAGAAGAAAAGGCGGAAGUUGUCACUAUUGCUAAACAGAGGAGGUUAUAAUGAGUCUAAAGUCGGCGUUAUUUCCCUUAUUCUCAAUUUACUAGAUACACCGUUUAUGGCGUUUAACAGAUAAAAACUAGGGCGUCUUUGUGUUGCGAUAAUCUUGUCUUCGUCGACUUGGUCAAGCUUCUCAACUUAGCUUUAGCUUGCGAGCUGCCAACAAGCAGACGGCGGAAGUGGUCUGGUUUCGAUAAAUCACGACAGCAGCGCGCUCGACAAGAUGUGUAAAGUCCGAAUGCUGAGGGCUUUGGUGGCGAGGCGACUAACCGAGGCCGCCGACGAGAUAUUCGGCCUCUUUGAGAGGACGAUAACUGAGUACGAGGAGGAACUGUGUCGCUCCAAAGAGGAGAACGAGCGACAGCGACAGCUACUGGACGCGUUUCUCAAGCCUAGUGUACAAGUAGACGUACAAGACAUACCACAGCCGACCGACAUGAAAGAAGAGGUGAUCCCCGACAGGCACGAGUGGAGCGCCAGUGCAAAAGAGCAAGAAACACUGGAAUCCCGCCACAUUAAAGUGGAAGAACUCUGGACCAAUCCGGAGGCAGAAACUGGGAACAGGCCAGGUGAUGAAGUCAGGUCCUCACCCCUUCAUCACAGAAAAAGUCAGGAAAACGUUGAGCCAGACCUUAGAACCAGCAGCUUGUCAGCAGAAACUGCUGAAGACAACCGCGAAGCACCGCAACUGUACAGCCGCUUCAAUGUAUCUGCUGACCACAUGACGUCGGACUCAUCCGACGAGGCUCUUAACGGUAACACAGAAUCCCAGGGUCACGGCAAAAAGUUUCAGUGCGGCGACUGUGGCAAGACGUACACGUCCAGAGCAAGCUUGAAAAGGCACAUGAUGAGUCACACCGGAGAGAGACCUCACAGUUGCUCGGGUCUUGAUAGCUGCACAAUUAAGUAUAACUGCACAGACAAGCCCAAGGUUCUGCCCCGGCAAAGUGCACCCACCUCUCCUGAGUGGGGUCCAGACUAUGUGGGAAUUGGUCAGGACAACCAUGUGCCUGUUCCCAUUAUAAAUGUAACGUGGAAGCUAAGGUCAGAUGCAAGUGUAUUAACACUCCGGGGGUCACAGUUGCAUAUUGUCGAUAAGCAUAUGAAUCCAAGUCUGUGUGUGCAGUUCGUUUACAGUAUCAACCAGCAGCUUAAUCCCAAUUUUACCAUGUGGACAUUUUCAUUGACUGGGGUGGUGGUGGAGGCUGGCCAUGUGUAUACACUUUCAGCUUUUAAUUUGCCACAACCCGACUUUGGAGAUUACACCAUCACAAAGCAAGUUACUAUCCCAGGAUGUGAUGACGAGAGAAUCCGAAACUCCCAGAUGUGUUUGGAAAAUGGUAGCCUUUGGGACCCUCAAGUCAAGACUGCUGUUUCAGUGGAGAAACAUCAAAUGUUGUCUAUUGUUGUGGGCUUUAAAGCAGACAACCAUUCCAACUUAUAUCACGUCUCCAUUCAGAGUGAUGGCAUCCAUUUCUCAAAGAAUGUUUCCAAGGAGUACAGAACAUUUCUGAAUGUCACCUUUGCCUUGGAUGUGUCACAGCUCUUAAAAUGUGAAUUGUCGAUAAUGAUCAAGCCAUUUUUCACAAGGUGCAUAAAUGACGGCUGUCGUCCAAAGCAAACGAAUAUCAAUUAUUGUUUGUAUCUUACACCACGGACAGCAGUGAUUAAGGGCGCUGUGGGAUUGCUCUUUGUUGGUGUUUGGUUUGCCUCUCUGCUGUGGCGUGCAUCUCGUAAAGAUCAGGUCAGUGUGUUGACAUCUGCCACUGACCAGCAGCUGCAAUGUUUCCAGGUGCAAGAAAGAAAAAAAGUCCUCAUACUCUACUCUCUUGACCACCCUUUAUACAAAAACAUCAUCCUCAAGCUUUGUGCCUUCCUGACGGCCAAAUGUGGCACUGAGGUAAUCCUGGAUCUGCUGGAUUUCACCCGACUGGGAAUACUGGGCCGUAUCCAAUGGCUAGACUGGCAGAGAGAGCGAAUGGAAGGCUCCUCAGAUAAGAUCCUCCUCCUGUGCUCACAAGGAGUGCAAGCCAAAUGGAGAGCCAUGUGUGGAGAGAAGCCGGUUCUCCUGAGGGAAGACUUGUGCUCGCCUGUGGGCGACAUGCUCACUCCAGCUCUCAGCCUCAUUGUUCCUCAUCUGGUGCACCGCGCUUCCUUCGAGAAGUACAUGGUGGCUUACUUUGAAGAGAUUUGCUCCCCGGAGGACAUCCCCUCGCCGUUCAACGUCACAGUUCGAUACAAGCUCAUGAAGCAGUUCGAGGAACUCUUCUUCCGAAUCCUGGACACCGAAAAGCACGGGCCGGGUAGGGUUUGUCACAUUGAAGGACUUGCAGAGGGUGAGUAUCACCACUGCCCCUCAGGUCGAGCCUUGCAGGAGGCCUUAGAGGCUUUCCGGGCGUACCAGCUGAAGCACCCGCAGUGGUUUGAAGAGGAACUAGUAGAGGACUUGGAAGUUGAGGAGCGAGUCCUAUAAUGCUGGGGUAUUAUUUUUAAAAGUGCAUACCUAUGAGGGUUGACAGACAGUAAAACAAACAUACUAAACCAAUACCUCCUCCCUAUCUUAACUCAUUGACCGCCAGCUGUUUUCAAAUCAGAGUUCUCCAUAUUGCCCGACAUUUUAGAGCGUUUUCACUGAUCUUUCAAGACCCACAGAAUAUUGUGUCCUGAGACAAUAUUAGCACCGAACCUUCCAAAAGAAAAAGUAGAGUCUUCUUUUACCUGAAAAAAGUAUGUUUCUACCUUUUUCCCCUUUCUUUAGUAAUCAGCGGCAGAACAUAGGUUGGUUUCACCAAAAACACCACUUUCUCACGAAAAAGCGAAGAAAAUGAAUUAAAUUGUCAAGCAGAAGAGUGACUGACUUUUUUUCAUUUGUUUUAUUUUUUUGCUUUUGUGACUCCUCAAGCUAUACUGACUCACUGCAUGGUUCGAGUUGAACAAUAGUGACUUUUUUACAUGGCCUUCAUCAUUCACUGAAUGAACUGUAUUAUCUUAUCUCACGAUCGUGACAAAUACUUUCUACUACCUACCUACACACAUACUCUGUUGAUACCAUACAUACAUAAGCUCUCUUGAGUGUGAGGUGCCUAAACUUGUCCAACUUCUAAUGUGUUUGUGUUGGCAUUUCUGUCCCACAUAAUCGACGUGACAAUUGAAGAUUCACUGUCUAUUCUUUAUCUUCUAUUCAAAAGUUGUUUUGAGCUCAAAUCCAAAGCGAUGCAAUGCCGCCAUCUACGAGGAUCUGUGAGUGAUUACAGUGGUUUACAAACCUGAACUUCACAGACAAGCGUGGUGAAACCCUCUUCCAUGCCUACUCGUUGAAAAAUAUACUUAAGGUGGAUUUACGGCGGUGGCAGUAACUGUCUAGACUACAUUUAACAAAUAUAAACAUCCACUGCAGUGAAUGAGGAAAUAUCAUGUCAAUGCACCAAUCUUGGAAAAAUACGACUUUAUUGACAUAAAAUGACAACUUUUUUUCAUCCCAACAAAAUGCGUCUUUGUUCAUGUGAUUACAACUUUCUUUCUUGAACAAAUACGACUUUAUUCUUAUAACUUGACAACUUUUUUUCCCUCCAAAAUCUUUGUCAUAACAUUAUGCAUAUUUUUCCCCAAAAUAGGUAACUUUAUAAUUCAUAUGGACUUUAGAGGUACACAUGGGAGUUAUGUUUAAUUAGCGUUUUGAGUGGUCCCUUCGAUAAAAAAUCCCCCGUGUAUGGAGUCCCUGGACCAACAAAGUUUGAGAAUCCCUGGUAUAAGGAUCCAUCCAUCCAUCCAUUUUCUGAGCCGCUUAUCCUCACUAGGGUCGCGGGAGUGCUGGAGCC